CUUUUGACAGGAAGCUGAUAUGAAGUUGUUUGUGUUCAAGUAAUCUGAAGACAACGUCUAUCGUCUACAGAUUUUCUUGAUUCAGCCAGAAAAUCUGAAUAUGCCCCGAAGUCCAACGUCAAGUGAAGAUGAGAUGGCACAGAGCUUUUCCGACUCUUCAAUGGAAUCAGAAUCUGACAGCGCCAAAGAAGAAACCAUCUAUGAGACUAUAAAAGCCACCACUGAGAAGCCAGUUAACAGAAUGGAAGACAUACAGAACAACACUCUGGUCAUCCGCAUUAUCAUGCCUGAUCUACAGCAGACGAAAUGUAUGAGGUUUAACCCUGAUGCUACAGUGUGGGUUGCUAAGCAACGGAUCCUCUGCACGCUGAACCAGAGUUUAAAGGAUGUCCUGAACUACGGUCUGUUUCAACCUGCCAGCAACGGACGAGAUGGGAAGUUCUUGGAUGAGGAACGUCUCCUUAGAGAAUACCCACAACCAAUCAGCAAAGGAGUCCCAUCUUUAGAGUUCCGUUACAAGACGAGAGUCUACAAGCAAGCAAAUAUUGACGAGAAACAAUUUGCCAAACUGCACACAAAGGCCAACUUAAGAAAAUUUAUGGACCACAUACAUCAUUGCCAGAUAGAUAAAAUUAUCAAGAUGCUUGAAAGAGGACUGGACCCUAACUACCAUGACCCAGAAACUGGUGAAACUCCACUGACCUUUGCAGCUCAUCUUGACAACACGGUAGAAGUCAUAAAAGCUUUGAAAAACGGAGGAGCUCAUUUAGACUUUAGAGCUAGAGAUGGAAUGACAGCUCUGCAUAAAGCUGCUAAGUCAAAGAAUCAAGUGGCUCUUACAACACUUUUAGAAUUGGGAGCUUCCCCAGACUACAAAGACAGCCGUGGGCUUACUGCUUUGUACCACACUGCCAUGGUAGGGGGGGACCCUUAUUGCUGUGAGUUACUGCUGCACGAACACACCACUAUUAGCUGCAAGGAUGAGAAUGGAUGGCAGGAAAUCCACCAGGCAUGUCGUUAUGGGCACGAUCAACACCUGGAGCAUCUGCUGUUUUACGGGGCUGAUAUGAGUGUUCAGAACGCAUCUGGAAACACCGCUCUGCACGUCUGUGCACUUUACAAUCAGGAUAACUGUGCAAGAGUCCUUCUGUUCCGUGGAGCCAACAAGGAGAUUAAGAACUACAACAGCCAAACCCCAUUCCAGGUGGCUAUCAUAGCAGGGAAUUUUGAACUGGCUGAAUUCAUCAAGAAUCACAAAGAAACGGAUAUUGUGCCUUUCCGAGAGGCACCUUCUUACACCAAUCGGCGGAGGGGACCCCAGAACACUCUGGCAGCGCCCCGAGUCUUGCUGCGCUCCAACAGUGACAACAACCUGAACAUCAAUAACAUCCCGAACUGGUCGGCCUUGUCCUCCUCCUCCUCCUCCUCAGCAGCAGCAGCAUCUUCACACCGCAGCCUUUCACCACAAUUGCUUCAGCAGAUGCAGAACAACCCCAAUGGCACUGUAAAGACAGUCGGGAGUGGUGGCAGGGGGCCUCGCAGCCGCUCACCAUCAUUAAACCGACUGGGGGAGGAGGCCAAGAGGCAGCCCCACAGGCAGAUCAGUCCUAAUGCAAACCAGGAGGCACUGUCAGGGCUGGAUUACCAAGGACCCAAACGCAAGCUUUACAGUGCCGUGCCGGGAAGACACUUUAUAGUUGUGAAGCCAUAUCAUCCUCAAGAAGAUGGGGAGAUAUCUCUAUACAAAGGCGACAGGGUAAAAGUUCUCAGUAUUGGCGAGGGAGGGUUCUGGGAAGGUAGUGCUCGGGGGCGAAUGGGAUGGUUUCCUGCAGAAUGUGUGGAAGAAAUCCAGACAAAGCCAAAUGAAAGUAAACCAGAAACCCGAACGGACAGAUCAAAGAAGCUUUUCAGGCACUACACUGUUGGAUCCUAUGAUAGCUUUGAUGCAUCAAGUGACUGCGUUAUUGAUGAGAAGACAGUGGUCCUGCAGAAAAAGGACAAUGAGGGAUUUGGAUUUGUGCUUCGAGGGGCCAAAGCUGAUACCCCCAUUGAGGAGUUCACCCCGACUCCUGCUUUCCCUGCACUGCAGUACCUGGAGUCAGUCGAUGAGGGUGGGGUGGCCUGGCAGGCAGGGCUCAGGACCGGCGACUUCCUCAUCGAGGUUAAUAACGAAAAUGUAGUGAAAGUUGGCCACAGGCAGGUGGUCAACAUGAUUCGGCUGGGAGGGAAUCACCUGAUUAUAAAGGUGGUGACUGUAAGCAGGAAUAUGGAUCCAGAAGACACAGCUCGGAAGAAAGCACCUCCACCUCCAAAGAGGGCUCCAUCAACUGCAUUGAGCAUGCGGUCUAAGUCUAUGACCUCAGAGCUUGAGGAGCUAGUGGAUAAAGCCACCAUGAGGAAAAAGAAGGACAAGGUGGAUGAAAACAUGUCUGCCUCUAAGCCUAGCAGAACUGGAGACAAUGUGUCAGUAGACAUGAGGGUUGCCACCAUUAAACAACGUCCCUCAAGCAGGUGUUUCACGGCUGUGACCGACAUGAAUUCAAUGUAUGAUCGACAAGGAAUUGCUGUGAUGCCACCCACAGUCCCAGGAAGUCCUAGGAGCCCUUUUCUGGGAGUGCCGAGGGGCACCAUGCGGCGGCAGAAAUCAAUAGGAAUAACAGAGGAGGAAAAACAGUUCCUAACCCCACCAUUGCUGAAAUUUACCAGGAGCCUUUCCAUGCCAGACACGUCAGAGGAUAUUCCACCUCCACCAGAAACCUCCCCACCAUCCCCACCUUACAACUCCCCCAAAUCUCCGACGAGAGGCUACGGCACAAUCCGGCCUGGCUUCACCCAGAACUCUUCACCCAGAGGCCCCACUUCCAACAGAUCAGAAAAUGCUGGGACCAUGAGGAGAGACAAAGGGAUGUACUACAGACAAGAUUCUGAACAAUAUGACGCAGAGGAAACUUAUAAGCAAAAUGCUUCUUCGCAGCAGAACUUCAGAAACCGAAAGGGACAUAUGCCAGAAAACCCCUAUUCUGAAGUAGGGAAGAUGGGGAACAAGGCAAUGUAUGUGCCCGCCAAGCCAGCGAGAAGGAAGGGAAUGCUGGUUAAACAAUCUAAAGUGGAGGACAGCCCGGAAAAGACGUGUUCGAUACCGAUUCCGACUAUCAUCAUCAAAGAACCUUCCACCAGCAGCAGUGGGAAGAGCAGCCAAGGCAGCAGCAUGGAGAUCGACACCCAAAUGACAGACCAGCCGGGGCAUCUCAGGCCUGACAGCUUGAAUUUCACCAGUCCAUUUGCAGCUGCCAUAGCUGGGGCAGUGAGGGACAGGGAAAAGAGACUGGAAUCCCGUCGGAAUUCGCCAGCUUUCCUUUCCACAGAUAUGGGAGAUGAGGACAUAGAACCAACACCAACCCCAAGGCUGAGGCACUCCAAAUCCAUCGACGAAGGAAUGUUUGGCAAUGAUGAACGUUUAAAAAAUCUGAUGACGCCCGCUCUGCUGGUGCUCCCUCAAGGUAACGUUACUGCAUUCAGCACACCUGAACCUAGGGAGCCUAGUAACACAAGGACAGUAAAUACUUCUUCUAAAGCUGAGAGUUCAGAAAACAGUGCGGGAGCUAAGAAAAAUUACAAUACAAAUGGAGGUAAUUAUGUGCAUCCAGUAACAGGCAAGGUGCUGGACCCUAAUUCACCCUUGGCUCUUGCUCUGGCUGCAAGGGACCGCGCAAUGAAGGAGCAAAUGCAGCCACCCCCUGCCAAAAAUGAGCCCGGGAAGGCAGACCUUAACAAGCCACUCUUCAUCGACACCAAAAUGAGGUCAAAUAUAGAGAACACCUUCCCUGUGAUGGCCACCAUGAGCCGGCCAACCAAGAAGGGAGGUCUUCGGAGGCAAAUGACUGAAGCCAAGUACGACACAGAGCCAGCGAAAGAGGAGAAGCCAGAGGAAAAAAAGAACAUGCUGAUCAACAUUGUGGAUACCUCACAGCAGAAGUCAGCAGGGUUACUGAUGGUGCACACCGUGGAUGGAGCUAAAGCAGAGGAGAACAACCUCUCAGAAAAUGAAAAGGAGGAAGAGGCUGUGACUCCUGAUAAUGCACCAGCAGAGCUGCGAGACACUAACCAGGCGGUAACGGAAAACAAGCAGCAAGGGCUAAACCCUCAAGCCGCUGCAACUCCUGCCAAAACCAUCAUCACUAUUAGCUCAGUAGACGAGCCGGUCGUUUUGCCCUUCCGUAUCCCGCCUCCCCCUCUGGCCUCAGUGGAUAUCGAUGAGGAGUUUGUUUUCACAGAGCCCCUGCCUCCCCCGCUGGAGUUUGCCAACAGCUUCGAUAUUGCAGAGGACCAAGCAGCAGCCCUCUCAUUAGCCGAUCUGCUAAAGCAGAGGAAAAACGAGGCAUCUGGCCCGACCUUGGCACCGUACAACCCCCAUGCGGUGGCAUCGGCUAACAUGAUGGAAAACAAAAAGCCUGUUGGCCUCUCGAACUGUGUGCCUCCAACCUUUGUGCCGCCGCCCCCCGAGAAUUUUGACAACGUCACAGACUCUGGGAUCGAGGAGGUGGACAGUCGGAGCAGCAGCGACCAUCACUUGGAAACAACCAGCACUAUCUCAACGGUAUCCAGCAUCUCCACUCUGUCCUCUGAGUGCGGAGAGAACCUGGACACCUGUACUGUCUAUGCAGAUGGGCAGGCAUUUCUGGUUGACAAGCCUCCCGUUCCUCCAAAACCAAAAAUGAAGCCCAUAAUCAACAAAAGCAAUGCACUUUACAAAGAUGCCCUAAUUGAAGAAAAUGUUGACACUUUUGUGAUCUCUCCCCCAGCCCCUCCCCUACCCCCAGGAGGUGCUCAGGCAGAUUCUCUUAAAACCACACAGCAAAGGACCUCAAAGCUCUGGGGUGACCCGCCAGAGGUACAAAGCCCACCUACCCCAGACCCCAAGGCCAAUAUCAUUAGUGAACUGAACUCAGUAUUUCAGCAAAUGAACAGGGACAGGACUACCAAGCCAGGAGAUUCUUUGGAUUCUCCCACAGGGUCCAGAGCAACUAACUUUGGAGCAAGGGGUGCAGAUGGAACAGUUACUGCCUCAGGUACACAGCGGAGCACAAUGGCCACUUUCACAGUCCGUCCAGGAUCAAACCAGCCAGUGACAGCGCAGAACAGGAACCCGGAUAGCAAGACAGGAACGAGAAGAGCACCCAGCCCUGUGGUCUCGCCAACGGAGUCGAUCAAGGAAGUGAGGGCUUCCUCCCUCCCGCCCUCGGCCUCCUCACCCACACUGACAGACAUCUUUGGCACCUCUGCCCCACAGACUCCCGUGGAGAGGUUUAGCCUGGGUGCAGGUCGCAGCAGGUCCCCUUCUCCUUCGACUUUAAUCCAGCCACUUUCCAACAAGCCUUUUUCAACCAAGCCAGUCCAUCUAUGGACUAAGCACGAUGUAGCAGACUGGCUGGAAAGCCUCAAUCUGGCAGAGCAUAAGGACACCUUUAUGGACAACGAGAUUGAUGGGACCCACUUACCAAACUUACAAAAAGAAGAUUUAAUAGAUCUAGGAGUGACUAGAGUUGGGCAUCGAAUGAACAUAGAAAGAGCAUUAAAACUGCUUUCAGACAGAUAGGAAUGGGUGAUUGUUACCUUGUUACCUGCAGGACUCCAUGCUUCAAAGUUCAUCCAUCGUUCAUUUUUUAUUUCAAGUGUGUAAUUAUAUUCACAUCGGUUCAUAUUGGAGCAUAUGAAUUAUCAUAUCCUUAAGAACUGCAAUUUGAAAUAAUUGUACAGUUCAUAAAUAAGCACAAUAAUUCUAAUGAAAGUGAGUGGUUGUUACAUUGAGCAACCUUCCACCACUGCAGAGGGAAGAAAGAAAAAAAAAACCUGAAGUUCCUUUUUAGUGAUUUAAUAGAAACUUUUGCUUCGGAAUAAUAAGGACUUUUUAAUCAACCUCAUUUGGAUACACCCGAACCAGCAAAGCUGUGCUACAUUUUCUAUCUUUGUUAGAAUUUCUUCAGAAUGAGAAUAUUUCUUCAACGAAAGGGUCAUAUUUAACAAUGCAAGCUGUUCAGAAAAUUGUCUCGCUCCUCAUCUAUUUCUCUGGAAAGAAAAUCCAGCAAAAUAUAUAUGUUAAGCUCAUU